AUGUCCAAGCUUCUCGUUGUCUUCGGCGCCACCGGCCAACAGGGUGGAUCCGUGAUCGACUAUGUCCUCAACGACCCCGUUCUCUCCAAGGAAUACAGUCUGCGGGCCAUUACCCGCAAUGCCUCCCGGCCAGACGCCCAGGAGCUGCAAAGCCGUGGCGUCGAGGUCGUCGCAGCCGACGCCGACUCGCCCGAGACACUGCCCGCCGCAUUGGCGAAUGCGCACACCGUGUUCCUGGUGACGGUCUCGAUCUACGAUGACCAGCUCAAGCCCCGCGAGUACCGCCAGGCCAAGGCCGUGGCAGACGAAGCCGUGGCCGCGGGCGCCAAAUCCAUCAUCUUCAGCUCGUGCGUGGCAGCCGAGCGACUGCACGGACGACCCGUGCCGGCGUUCGACUCCAAGGCCGACGCAGAGGUGUACAUCCGGACGCUGCCGAUCCACAGUGCGUUCUUCGCGCCGGGCAACUUCAUGCAGAACUUCUUCGGCAACCAGGCGCCGCGACUGCUGCCCGGCGAGGAGGGCAGCGAGCCCACGUACGCGAUCACCAACUUCCUCGAGCCGGAUACGGCGGUCCCGCUCGUCAACACGGUCGGCGACACGGGCAAGUAUGUGGGUGCCAUCCUGGCGAACCCGGAGCAAUACAACGGGAAGAUCUUCUACGCGGCGUCGGGCUUGUACAAGUACAGCCAGAUCGCCGAGAUCCUGACCCGCAUCACGGGCAACAAGACCAUCUACAACCAGAUCUCCCAGGAGCAAUGGACCAGCUUUAUGCCCGAGGGCUACCGGGAGUCGAUUGUGCCGAUGAUGCAGUUCAUCCAGAACCCGGGUUACUUUGGGCCGAACAGUAAGGAGUCGGUUGAGUGGACGGUGCAACAGGCCCGCGGGAAGGUGACCAGCUUUGAGGAAUUCGUGGAGAAGAAUGCCGAGGCGCUGUAUAAGCAGUGA